AUGAAAUUCCUCAUCUGCUUGGCUCUCUGCGUUGCUGCCGCCCAGGCUGGCUUUGUGUCCCCCGUGACAACAUAUGCUGCUGCUCCGGCAUAUGCGGCCACCUACGCCGCUGCUGCUCCGGCAUAUGCCGCCACCUAUUCCGCUGCUGCUCCAGCCUAUGCCGCCACUUACUCCGCCUUGCCCGCUUACACAACCUACGGCGCAGCUCCAGCAUACACAACCUAUGGCGCUCACGCUUACACCGCUCCUGUCACCACCUACGCUGCUGCACCCGCCUACACCGCCCCAAUCACCACCUAUGCGGCUCCAGCUGUAGUUAGCCCAUUCCUGAAGAAGAAGUAAUAU